AUGGCGGCCGAGGAGGAGCGGCGCAGGGCUGGUCGCGCGGGUGGCGGCCACCGUGGCCCUGGCGCUGCUGAUGGGCGGAGGCGUGCUGACAAAGGCAAGGAGCAGCCACCCGCCGAGGACCUCCGCUCGGCCUCCCGCAGCACCAACGAGCGAGCUCCUGCGCGGAGGCGAGCUCGGCGGGGCCACCCGCGCUCCGACGGCGAAGCGGAUGCCUCGGGCUCGCCGGCCAGUGAUCGAGCACGCCAUGGACCUGGGGGACUCGACCGUGCUGCACAGGAUGAGCUUGCCGCUGCCUUCGAGGCCGCGGCCACCUUCCCCUCGCAGGAGCGGCAGGCCAUGCAGGUGGAGCAGGCACCCACUGGCAACCCACAAGCUGGGCCUCAGCACGCUCCCCCUGACCCGUGGCAACGACCUGGUGGGGACCCGUGGCAUGAUCGAGCUGCUCCUGCCGACGGUCACGCUGUACCUCCUGCGGCGGGCACUCCCAUCGGCGGGAUGGCCACCCCCGUGGAUGCUGGCGGCAUGGACAUGCAGGCCAUGCUGCAGAGCUGUAUUCGCCAAGCUACCGAUGCCAUCGCCGCUACUUCCAUGGCACAAGUCACGUCAUGCCAGACGCAGCUGGUACGCAUGUUUCAGACCCAGCAGGAGGCUGUCAACAUAUCCCUCGCAGUGCAGACGCGCGACAUUGCUUCCAUCGGCCAGCGCGCCGACGCCCUGGAGGCGGAGCAGGCCGCCAUGCGCAAGCAGAUCGGCGACAUCAACAAGCGAGCCCGUGGCAUCGUCACCUCUCAGGGCGUCAAGGUUGCCAAGCUCGAGAUGGGCGAAUCCCGCUACACCGACACGAUCAUCAGGUGGAACCCAGACAUGGUUGCCAGGCUGCACAUCGACAGGGAGUCCAUCAACAUGCAGUUCAAGAAGGCCUUCUCCUUCGAGGACAAUACCGAGUGGCUGCGAAGACGCAAGCUGGCACUGCUCGCAUCGUACAUGAAGGUCAACGCCGUCAUCGCUGCGCAGGAGGUCCACGGCUCCGAGGACGCCCUCGGGAUCUUCCUCCAGGCGCAGCCGCAGAAGUACUUGAGCUUCCUCUCUCGCCCCGACACCUGGUCAAGUACACGAAGUCCCCCGUCGACAUCCACGUCAAUGCCGAACUACACCCGGUCAAGCUCACGAAACGCCACUCCUGCCCUGCCGCCCUACCGCUUCGACAUAGUGGCGGCCGGCCGCGCGGCGCUCCUCGCGAUCACCGACAGCGCGGGCAAGUACAGCAUGCAGAUCUUCAACAUCCACAACUACGACCUCAAGCCGCACGAGUUCUCUGCUAUACAGCGCACUUGGUCCAGUGGCCUGGCGUGGGCGCGCCGUGACUCGUUGCAUCGCAUCUUCCUGGGCGUCGGGGACUUCAACAUUGCCUCCCGUCCGCCAGUCAGUCAACGUGCGCCCUCUGACGCUACGGCGUGGCGCCUACGACCUGAUCACCGAUGCCAACUUCGGCAACCUGCGUGGCGCCGUCUAUUCGCUGCUGCCAUGGAGGUUGAAUCCCAAUGGCCGACUCACUACGACAAGUCCUGCAAGCAGCUGUCCACGAUUGACCGCAUCUUCUUGGGCAUCGACGCGCGCGCCAUGCUUUCGGUCUCAACGAUCCUGACCACUGCGAGGGAUGCGAUGGAGCUCUCCGAGGCGGGCAUCAGUGACCACGCGCCUCUCGUCCUGCAGAUUACUGCCGCUCGCCACGUCCCUCGAGACGAGCAGCCAAUCCCGACGCACCUCUUCAACCACAGGAAGUACCCCGAGGCAUACUCGCCCAUGCUGGACCACUGUGCCCUGGAGGGGGAAACGGCGGAAGGUCGUUGGAGAGCAGCGAAGCAGUGCAUGAAGCUUGCUGCGCGACGUGUUCGGGGCGAACAGUUGAGGACCAACUUCUCCCUCCUCGUCAAGGACUCCACGGUCGAGACCUCGCACAUGGGUUUCAAAUCGGCGGCGCGAGCCGUUUGGAGACAGGACGCUGUCCUUGCGGGUAGGCUUCUCGACUCCUGCCCCGCGCUGGCUGCCCACCUCCAAGUUACCGACGGCAACGUGCACAUCGUGGACCCCAACAGCUUUGCCACUAACUUCGACGCCAUCGCCGAGCGGGUGCACUCUCUGAGAAGGCAGGCGGCGGAGGCCGCAGCUCGGACCGCCAACGUGCGCGACAGCGCAGCUUGGCGGAGAGUUGAACGCAAGGCCGCCAGACAUGCGCAGCUAUGGGUUCCGUGGCGGCGUCGCAUGAUCCUCUCGGGCUUGCGCGUGGACUCCGCCCCGUGUGCCGCCAAGGACUCGCAGGUGGCUCAGCACGUGGUCACCGACCCCGCGGGCAUGAAGAUGACUGUGGCGAACUACUGGAGUGAGAUCUCCGCGAAGCCCAUUGCCACCUCAUCUACUUCACCCGAGCAGAAGGGCUUCACUGCUGGGCGGCGUUUCGUCGACCACAUCCCGUUCUUGGACGCGGAGUGCCGCAGGGAGGGCCUCCUUCCUGAUGCUGUGACCCGCCGCCCCAUGUUCCUGUCGUUCGACUUCCGCCAGGCCUUCCCUUCGCUCUUCAGGGAAGUCAUCGAGAAGGUCCUCCCGCGCUUCGGGGUCCCGCUGGGCUUCCGCAGCGUGAUCGAGGCGCUCUACAGCAACUGCCUCGCCUUCAGCUCCUUCCGUGCCGAGGGCACCAGUGCGGAGCUCGAGCCGUUGUUCGCGCUCAUGUGCGGUAUCAUGCAAGGAUGCCCGCUCUCUGGCACGGUCUGGCGCUUGGCCAUGGAUGCCCCCAUCCGUGCCCUUCUGGCGGCGAUCGCCGAGCAUGGAUCCCUCAUGGCCUGCGCGGACGAUCUCGGGAUGCUGAUCAAGAACGCGGUCGUCCUCCCGAGCAUUGACCACACCUUCGUCUCCAUAGAGCUCGCCUUCAAUCUGCAGCUGGCGUUGCACAAGUGCGCGCUGGUCCCACUGUGGGAGGAGAUCACGGACGACACACUGCAGAACGUCAAGUCCUUCCUCGCUGAGGAGGUCCCCCGCUGGCUGGGCUUCCGCAUCGACUCCUCGGCCAAGUACCUGGGAACUCACCUGGGCCCUGGCGUCACGGACUUCGGCAUCUGGAAGGCUGCGGCGGGGAAGUGGUGGACCCGCUGCUGGGAGCUGGCGCGCGCGGGCAUGGCCACCAGCCUCGCGGCCCGCGCGUGCAACAUCAACGCGCUGCCGUGCCUGUCGUACCUUGCGCAGUUCUACUUCAUCGUGCCCGCCAUCUGGAAGGUCGAGUUCACCUCCCUGCACCGCUUGCUGCGAUUGCCGCCGUCGUCCAUGCGCAAGGCUGACAUCCUAUCGUUGAGCGCGUGGUGUGGCUCACCGUCGCCGAUUGGCCUCUUCCCAUGCACGAUCGCCGCGAUGAUGCGCUCGGCGGAGAACACGGUGCGUGGAUGGGAAGCUCACCUCCGCCACCUCCAUGAAGCUGCAGUGGAGCAUGUUCCGCUGACCGACGUGAUCAAGGGCAACUGGUCCCCACCGUGGUGGCGGACGAGGAGGGCGAUCGUGCAGAACUACGCCUUGAUCUCGGAUGCCUACGGCCAGCUCGACAUUCCCAGACCGACGCUUGACACGAUCGCGGUCCCGAUCCCGAGCAGGUUCAUCCAGAAGGCGAAGUCGGCGAUGCUCCUGGAGACGAAGACGGCGGCUGCAGCCACUCCUCCCAGGAAGCCCAAACGCCAGGCCACGGCCGCUGCUGUUCUCCGUGGCUCGCUGUACCCCGAGGACCUCGUGCCCACCUUCCACCGCCGGCUGCGCAGGUGGGGGGUCGAGUGCUCGUUGCCCGUGCUGCGCGAGAGAUGGCCUCCGCUGCGUAGCAAGCUGACGGAGGUCCGCCCUGCCUGGAUGUGGUCGUGGAUGCGCGCGGCGGUCAAUGGCUGGACGACCUCGCGCCGCAUGAGCGCCGUCAUCGACGCACGCCCGUGCCUCUUCGGCUGCGACGACGAGGAUGCGCUCGAGCACUACAUCCACUGCCCGAUCCUUCGGGCGAUGGCCGCGGGCGACACGGGAGCGGACGCCAUCGGCAACGGCCUGGAGCUCCUCGGCUUCGGCGACGAGCUGUACCACUCGAAGCGGCCCAUCGCGGACUGCAUCUACACCGUCGGCCUCAUGUGCCAGUGCUACCACAUCCAGAAGUAUCGGAUGGACGUGGGCCUGGCCGUGGGCGCCGACCAGCGGGCUAGCGUGAGGCUGGCCGCGCUCCAUCGCAUGCAGGCUUAG